AUGUCACUGAGUCGGAAAUUAGUGGAAGCUGCACUUGGAGAUGUGAAGAAGAAAUUUGUGAGUGUUGUAUGCUCGAAAUUGCCCUAUGAUGGACCGGAAUAUGAUUUAGUGCAAUAUAGGAUGAGAAAUGUGAGGAUCUAGGCUUGAAACCUCGAAAAAUACAAAAUUGUUUUCAGCUUUUCGAUAAUACGGUUUUGGGUGGAAAAUAUUCGAGAGCCUCACUUUGUAUUGAUGCGACACGAGCACUUCAACCACAUUUGAAAGAUGAAACUGAGGAAUUGAAGGCGGUUGCACAAGCAGCGACUACUCUAGAGAUUGUGAGUUUGCACAGCAUGUAGUUUUACUACCCGGAACAUUUUUGCGCUUUUUUUUUUUGAAACCUGACAUGAUUUAGGGAUGGGACUAAAACUGACGAGAUCCAACGCAAAAGUGAGAGAUUUAGAGAAUUUUUUUUGAAAUACCAGAAAAUCUCUUGAAAAUUUGAAGGUUCGCGACUUAUUUGACUAUAUAAUUCAAAAUAUUUUGAUUCAGCUAUACGAAUCUGAUGUCAUUUUUUCUUGGUUAAAAUAUUAAAGAAAUUCUCUCACAAUCAGGUUUAUAAUUCACCAUUUUCUGCUUCAAAAAAAUCUGUUUAAUUUAUGUAGUGGUAACAGGCUUUUUUGAGUCGAAAAUCAUGGAAAUGGUGGAUUUCAAGUGUGACAAAUCAAAAUUCAACUUCAUUUUGAGCACUUUCCAAUUUGAAAACUUGAAGACUUUUUUUGUGUAGAGCAAGUGCGGUUGGUGGAGAAGUUUUUGCGAAUAUUUGUUUCUGGGACUUUGUAAUGAUAUCUGAUUUUACUACGCGUUUUAGAAUCUGUUUCCAAGGUGAAGAGUUUACCAUGAACAAGAUCAAUUUUACUUGUAUUUUCUAGGUGCUCUUGUGUCAUCAACAAAAAAUUCGGUUGCAAAUUGAAAAAAUAUUUGAUAAGAAAUUAUAUCAGAAUUAUGAAACGUAUUUUUUUUUUGUUUUUGAAAAAUGAGAAAUAUGUAUCUAAAUUUGUUUCAAAAUUGAUGAAUAUGAGAGAAGUGAGCUGAAGAACUAGAAUAAGUUUAUCCAAUAAUUUGAAAAUUGAAGUUUUAUAGGGAAAAAAUCAUGAAAUUUUCUGCUUUUUCCGUGAUAAAGCUGAAAUUUUCACUUAAUUUUUGAAAUUUUGAAAAAGUUUGAAUAAGAUUCUUGACCUGUUCAAAAUCUUCUCCGUGUCAUUUUCACUCAUCCCAAUUUAAUUUCAGAUUCAAAGUUUCUAUCUGAUCGCUGAUGAUAUAAUGGAUUCAUCUGAAACUCGUCGAGGAAAACAAUGUUGGUAUAAAAGAGAAGGUGUUGGAAUGAGUGCAAUAAAUGAUGCAUUUAUAAUGGAUUCAUGUGUCGAAGAUAUACUUCGUCAUUCUUUACCGGGACAUGUUAAUAUCGAUCGAUUAUGUGACGCAUAUCGAAAAUCAAAACAAAAAACAUUAGUCGGACAAAUGUUGGAUACAUCAUCAGCUUUUGCUGUCGAAUCAUUUACAUGGGAUCGAUAUGAAUUGUUGGUUGAAAAUAAAACAGCGCAUUAUUCGAUAUAUCAUCCACUUCAAAUGGCUCUUCUUAUGUCCGAUGUUUUAGCAUAUCAUGCCAAUGUUAAACGGGUUGCUUAUCAAAUUGGUUUCUUAUUUCAAGCGCAAGAUGAUUUUUUGGAUGUUUACGGAGAUCCGAGUGUGACUGGAAAAAUUGGAACUGAUAUUCAGGAUGGAAAAUGUACGUGGUUGGCUGUGAGAGCGUUGCAGAAAAUGGAAAAAGCUGAUGAUCGAGAAAUGUUUGAACGAUUUAAGGUUGGUUUUUUUAAAAGGUGGAUAAAAAUGUAUUCAAUUCAUUUUCAUCAAUUUUUUGAUAGAAAACUUUGAAAAACAUUAAAAUUCUACACUGCGAAAAAUUUUUCGAGCCAAAAAUAUGCACUGUAUAAUUCCCAUAUCAAAUUUUCCAGACAAUAUUCGGAAAAGCGAACCCCGAACAAAUUGCUGAAGUCAAACAAAUCUAUGAAAAACUUGGAGUUGCUUCCGAAUUCAAAAAAUUCGAACAACAUUUCGCUGGCGAAAUAAUGAAAAGUAUUGAUGAUAUUCCCGAGUUUAUUUCUCCAAUUCGCCCGGUUCUCGAAACAUUUACAAAGAAAAUGGUGAAGCGAAACGCAUAA